GCUUCAAGUCGUAAUUUCUGUUCCAGAAUGUGGACCAUAAAAUGAAAUACCGCUCAAAAAAAGGCCAACUCCCCUUCGUGGAGAUAAAUGGCGAGGAGAUCGCCGACAGUACAAUCAUCAUCAAAGAGCUUUCGCAAAAGUUCGGACACGAUCUCGAUGCUGCUCUCACUCCCGAACAAAGGAAUAUCGCUCACGCCUCCAUCUCCAUGGUCGAAAACCACCUCGCAUGGGUGGUGAUGUGGUGGCGUACCAAAUAUCCAGAACUAGUGCUCAAAGGAUACAAAGUUAAUUUGCAACACGCCCUAGGCACGAGGAUACCCAACGGAAUCCUCAACUUUUUCUUCAAAUUCGCGUUCGGGAGGAAGUGGUUCCAGGGUUCCAAGAAGGUUAAGGCUCAAGGUAUAGGAGUCCAUUCAGCCGAAGAAAUCAACGCUUUUGGUCAAGGAGAUCUCAAAGUGCUCUCUGACAUGUUAGCAGAUAAACCGUUCUUCUUCGGCGAUGAACCAACAACUCUGGAUGUAGUCGUAUUUGCACAACUAGCCCAAAUUUACUUUAUUGAUAAAGAAGUUAGUUACGCAUUGCGCGAUUACAUGACAGAGUCGUGUCCGAAUCUAGUUGGCUUGGUGAAUCGUAUGAAAGAGAGAUGUUUCCCAGAUUGGGACGAUAUUUGCACCACUUUGGAUCUAAAUUCGCAUCUGCCCAAACCAGAAGAGGGGAAGGACAACAAAGAGGGGGGAAAGGACGAGAAAGAAGGAGACCAAGAGAAGGAACCCGACGAUAAAGACAUAGAAAAAGAAAAGGCUGACGAGAAGGAGAAAGAUAAGGGGAAGGAGAAAGAAACGGAGGAGAAUAAGGAGAAAGAAACAAAAUAAAGAGACUGAGUCUCCAAAGCCCACUGCCGAGGCAAGUAUCCCCUUUCCCUCCCCUCACUUAACCCUUUGUCUCUCUUUUUUCAUUUAUAUCUCGACUACGUGCAACCAUCUAGUUUUAAGACUUGUAACACUUGAAAAUAUGAAAUUAUUCUCUUGUCAACGAUUUAUUUAUGUAGUUUUUUUUAUCUAUUAUAGAGGACAGUUUUAUCGAUAAAAUAUAUUCAUUGCUAGUUAAGAAUACUUGUUUGUAUAAAUUUUGGCUAGGUUUUUUAUUGUAAGCAAUUGUAUGUCUGAAAGACUUUGGGAAGCAUGACAUGGAUUAGGAAGAUAUGACGACGAUGUGGCAUGCUUUUUGAAGUCUGUCCAUGUUAGUGCAGUCUUAAUGUAAGAGUAUAACCCAAUUAGUAGUGCAUUUAUUCAUUGUAUUCAUUCCACAUUUUAACAUUGCAUCACGUCAAAAUUAACAUAGCUUGACUGUAGAUUUUUGUAUUUUUUUAUUGGAUCAUUUUUAAGAUAACAAAAAAUUGAAGAUUCGACAACUUGUGUGUGAAGCUCAAUAGAUGGACUAGCAUGUUAAAAAUAUAUUUUAGAUUUUAUUAUAAGUUUAUUUGAACUUACAACUGUGUUGUAUGCUAUAUUACAAUUUAAAUAAAUAAAUUGGUAUUUUAAGUUGCU